AUGGCCUUCAGAGCAGCAUUAACUGCCAUCCCGCUUCUCGCCUCUGCGGUUCUCUUAUCCAGCAGCUAUCGCAAGGAAGAUUUUAAGGAGACGCGAACACUUGAGGAUGAACUGCUGGAAGCUGCUCUUUCGGACACCGAGGCGCCUACAGAGAUAAAUGAGGAGGAUGAAAUGGCUUUGAAGCCUGUCAACGUAGGAAGGUGGUUCAGAAGACUAGGUGAAAGGAUUCGUCAAGGCUUCCGUCGCAUAGAACCAGACUGGCUGCUAAUUCUCGGUUGCGUAGACAUCUUGUUAAAUAUUUCAAGAGUGAAAACAAAGUCUAUUUGUAUUAACGCGGAGACUGUUAAGGUGGAAGAAAAGUAA